UAAGUGUAAUGGCGAAGAAGAAGGAAUGGCGGGAAUUGCAGCUACCGCGCAAUUGCAGUUCGCCGUCGACGCCAUUUCCGGAGAGUUUCUUCCACUCGAGCUAUCUGGCGGUAGAGUAACUACGAAUUACUAAUUACUUAAUUUAGAGCGAGUGAGCGAGCGCUGCAAUGACUAGUAUGCCCUUGUCCCCACUCCAGAGUACUGACCUCAAACCCUCGGCUCUCGAGUGUUUCAGCUGCUUAUACUUCUUUGAAGUUGGAAUUCUCUGCAUUUGUUGGAUCUGAUUGCUUGACUCUCCCCAAAAGUCUUCUUCUUUCUUCGUCUCAUUUCGCGGGUUGAGUUGGAAGAAUGGGGCGAUCCUCCACGGUGAAGGAGACGCAGGCUCUCUUCCAGUCCCUUCGCUCUGCUUACGCCGCAACUCCUAAUAACCUCAAGAUCAUCGAUGUAUUCGUGGGAUUUGCCGUACUCACCGCCAUAAUCCAGGUAGUGUACAUGGCCGUUGUGGGGUCAUUUCCUUUUAAUUCUUUCCUCUCAGGGGUGCUUUCUUGCAUAGGGACUGCAGUCCUUGCUGUGUGUCUGCGCAUCCAAGUGAACAAGGACAACAAGGAGUUCAAGGAUGUGGCACCUGAGCGUGCUUUUGCUGAUUUUAUUCUCUGCAACUUGGUGCUUCAUUUGGUGAUCAUGAACUUCAUGGGCUGAUGUGAGCUACCUGUAAUUUCCUAGCAUCUAGUUCCGAAACAAGGAUGCAACAUGUUACUGAAAACUGGUAGGCAAGAUAGGAAAUUUUCCAUGUUAGUGCUAAGGUCUUAAGGAUGUGAACCAUGAACACAUUUCGGUUCUUUUGAGAUUAGUUGAACAUGGAGUUUAUGGGAAUGGGCCAAGCGCCUGACGCUCUUACAGAUAUUAGUGACAUGAUUGCUAUCAUACCAUCUGCAUUUAUAAUUCGUGGAUCUUUAAAUUUGCGUA